GGUGUCGUGCUCGUGCACUCGUCGAUGAGUGUCAAUAAAGUUGUGGCAUUUUGAAACAUCAUGGCGACGUACGCGCUGCCUGCAGCUGUCAGAUGCUCACAACGGGUUCUGCUAAAACACGCUGUUCUGAGUCAAAGGAAGUUCUGCCCUCUGCCGAGCCGCUGCAGUGGAAAAGUGCUGUCAGGUUCCAGCAGCUGGAGGACAUGCAGCUCUUCUGCACCUUCCUGCUCCUCUGAAGCUCCAGCAGCAGAUGUUUGUGGCUCCAGUGAAGCCGUUGAGCACUUUGAUGGUCUGGUUCGGUGUGGCCACCUGAGGACAGACGUCCAGCAGAGACACGUCCUCCAGCAGCUGGCUGAGCUGCAGCGCACCAUGAAGACCUACAGUAACAGCAUCUACCUGAACCCACCAGAUGAUCAGCUUCAGGCUGACAUCACAUCAGCUGGAAGCAGAAGUGCUGAACAAACUGACAAGGAGGCAACCGUUCCACCACCACCACCUCCACCACCACCACCCAAAGGCUUCUACAUCUAUGGAGAUGUUGGCACAGGCAAGACCAUGCUCAUGGAUUUGUUUUACUCCCACGUGGAGAACGGCCGCAAACAGAGAGUCCACUUCAACGGCUUCAUGCUGGACAUCCACAAAAGGAUCCAUCGGAGGAAACAAAGCCUGCCAAAACGAAGGCUAGGGAAAAUGUUCACCUAUGACCCCAUAUCACCGGUUGCCAUGGAGAUCAGCAAUGAGACCUGCCUCUUGUGUUUUGAUGAGUUUCAGGUGACUGACGUCGCUGAUGCCAUGAUCCUGAAGCAGCUGUUUGAGACGCUGUUCAGAAGCGGAGUGGUGGUGGUGGCCACCUCCAACAGACCCCCCGACGAUCUGUACAAAAACGGACUUCAGAGGGACACCUUCCUACCUUUCAUCGACGUGCUGAAGAACCACUGCCACUGCGUCUGCCUGGACGCCGGCAUCGACUACAGGAGGCUGGACAAGGCCGAAGCAGGAAAACUCUACUACCUGUGAGACACAUCUGUGAAAAGAAUGGAAUCAAUAGUGGAUGCUCUGUUUGAGGAGCUGGCGUUAAGACAAAGAAGCGUUACAGGCCCGCGGGUCCUGGCGGUGCUGGGCCGAGACGUGACUCUAGAAAAGACCUGCGGCUCCGUCGCUGACUGUACCUUCGAUGAGCUGUGUGGUCGGGCUCUGGGCGCCAGCGACUACCUGGAGAUGGCUCGGCUCUUCGACACCGUGUUGAUCCGCCGGGUUCCGCUGCUGACGCUGAGCCUGAAGGACCAGGCCCGGCGCUUCACCACCCUCAUAGACACCUUCUACGACAAGAAGGUGAGAGUCGUGCUGCUGGCGGCGGUUCCGUUGGAGCGGCUGUUCGUCCACACCGGAGGAGACGACGAGCGGGACCGGCAGCUGCUGGACGAUCUGGGCCUCAGCGGGGACGCAGCAGAGCGACUGAGUCUGUUCACGGCCGAGGAGGAGAUCUUCGCCUUCCAGAGGACCGUCUCCAGACUGAUGGAGAUGCAGACUGAGUCAUACUGGGAGGAGGGAGACCGCAGUCGCAGCGAGAAGCACUCGAGCACCUAACAUCUGCUGCUGCUGCCGUGAUAAUUAUCUACCUCCAGACAACACAACACCUCACUAACUACUGACGCUGCAGAAGAGGUUUAGCAGAAGUAGAAGAGUUCAGGUCUAUUUUGGGCAACCAAAGUGAAUUAUUUGCUGGGAAUAAGCAGCACUUAACUUCACAGCAAACCUGUACCGAGGCAGAACUCAGCCCAGUAGCUGUUUGAAAUCUCACUGAUCCUCUUCUUGCAUGCUGGCUGCACCUUUUUCCUUUGCUGCUUGUUUCUCCUUGAGGUGUGCUCUCUCCCCCUUGUGGACUGUUUAUUUUAAAGAAUUUGUAAAUCUCUCUAAUAUGUGUGAAGCACAAGGCGAACAGGUGCUGCUUCAGAGACAGGAGGAGACCAAGUGUCCUCACUGCAGUAGUUUACUGCCCUCUAGUGGGUAGAUCUGGAAAGGGUCAAAUAUUCUCAAGUUGUCCCUGUUUUCAGGAAAUAAUGUCAGUCUGAUAAUUAAACCUACUCUGUGGAAAAUAUGGUGAAGGUUUAAAAAUGUUAUGCAUGAUUUUAGUUUAGAUCUGGUGUUCAGUGUUGUAGCUGUUGGUCUGGAUGUGACACCAACUGCUCCUGAUUUUAAAUCUCUGCAGCUUCUGUUUCUAGCACUACGCUUUGCUGCCUUUGGAUGGACAAAUGUGUCUUACAUGCAAUGACUGACAGAACUGCAGGUUGCAUUAAAAUGUUUUAAUGUUACUGAGUUGUUAA